GGCGGUCCCUCGAUUCACGUGACCGGAUGCUCCUGCACAUGCGCCGUUGCGGGGGGGUUAUGGGGAGCUGAUGUUGUGUUGGUCUGGAGGGUCCCUGUGUCCAGGAAGAGGAUAUGAGAAGAGCAGCUUUGCAGGUAGAGCUCCCCAAAUGAGUACCAUGUGAAGGUCUGACAGAGCCCCUUGAUUCGUGGGACAGGAGAGACGUCCCUCUUUCAGUCCAGAAGGGGAAAAUUCUUUGAACGUUUUUGUCUGCUUCAGUAGGCUCUUAAAGUAUCAUCUUUACCUGAACCACAGGGGCACGUGCCUGAGCCAGUUUGCCCACUGUGGGGAAAGGAAGUCUCAGGAGGCAUUCCGCGCGCCAUGGAGAAACCGUGGAAGUGUGGGGAUUGCGGGAAAGGAUUCCGCUAUCCCUCCAUGCUGGAGAUCCACCACCGUGUCCACACCGGGGAGCGGCCCUUCACCUGCUCCGUCUGCGGCAAGGGCUUCACCCAGUCGCCCCACCUGCUGUCCCACCAGCGGGUCCACACCGGGGAGCGGCCGUUCGCUUGCUCUGAGUGCGGGAAGGACUUCAGCGAAUCGUCCAGCCUGCUCAAGCACCAGCGGGUCCAUACCGGGGAGCGGCCCUUCACCUGCUUGGUGUGCAGCAAGGGCUUCCCUCACUCGUCCAGCCUGCUCAAGCACCAGCAGGUCCACACCGGGGAGCGGCCCUUCACCUGCACCGUCUGCGGCAAGGGCUUCACCCGCUCGUCGCACCUGCUGACCCACCAGCGGGUCCACACCGGGGAGAGGCCGUUCAGCUGCUCCGUCUGUGGCAAGAGCUUCUCUCACUCGUCCAGCCUGCUGCGGCACCAGCAGGUCCACACCGCGGAGCGGUCCUUCAUCUGCUCCGUCUGCGGCAAGGGCUUCUCUCACUCGUCCAGCCUGCUGCGGCACCAGCAGGUGCACACCGGCGAGGGUGCCUUCACCUGCUCCAUCUGUGGCAAGGGCUUCCCCCACUCAUCCGGCCUCCAGAUCCACCAGCGGGUCCACACGGGGGAACAUCCUUCCGAUAGACCAGAAGUGCACAUAAUACAGAGGAACUUCAAUUAUCCAGAAUUAGAUGAACCAGCACGGUGGCUCAGUGGUUAGCGCUGCUACCUCACAGUACCAGGGACCCGGGUUUCAUUCCUGCCUCAGGCGACAGACUGUGUGGAGUUUGCACAUUCUCCCCGCGUCUGCGUGGGUUUCCUCCUCGUGCUCCGGUUCCGUCCCACAGUCCAAAGAUGUGCAGGUCAGGGUGAAUUGGCCAUGCUAAAUUGCCCGUAGUGUUAGUUACAUUAGUCAGAGGGAAAUGGGUCUGGGUGGGUUACUCUUCAGAGGGUCAGUGUGGACUGGUUGGGCCUGUUUCCACACUGGAAGGGAUCUAAUCGUCAAGCGACUGAAAUACACCCUGCAUGUGUCCUUUGGAUAAUCGAGGUUCCUGUGUAUUCCAAAAGUGGCCUAACCAACGUCCUGUCCAGACCCCAACCCCUAUACUCAGUGCUGUGACCGAUAAAGUGAUCUGCAGAAUCUGCGGGACUUGCUUAAUCCUGGGAGGUAAAUCACGUGUUUCUCCUUCUCUUGCAGGUGGAUCCAAGAUUUCACUCUCUGUCCCAUUGAGUCUCCAGUCAGGUCCUUCAGCUCAACUGGUCUCUCUCAGUAUUUCUGACCCAUGUGAGCCUCUACGCACCUCCCCUUCACUCGCUCACAUUUGAUUUCCCUUACAGCAGCAUUCCCUUCAGUUCCUUUCUCCCUGACGUCUGUAUCCAGCUUCUCCUUAAACGCCGUCCACCUCGACCUGCUACUGUGGGGGUCAUUCCCGCUGCAGACAGAGGUCUCUCCUUUGUAACCUCUUCAAAAGAUUCACCGCUGACUUCUCCCUUCAGUCUUUUCCAUUUCUGGGUCUCCCCGCUGUUGCGAAACUUGGAAGGGUUCAGAAAAGAUUUACAAGGAUGUUGCCAGGGUUGGAGGAUCUGAGCUACAGGGAGAGGCUGAACAGGCUGGGGCUGUUUCCCCUGGAGCGUCGGAGGCUGAGGGAUGACCUUAUCGAGGUUUACAAAAUUAUGAGGGGCAUGGAUAGGAUAAAUAGGCAAAGUCUUUUCCCUGGGGUUGGGGAAUCCAGAACUAGAGGGCAUAGGUUUAGGGUGAGAGGGGAAGAUAUAAAAGAGACCUACAGGGCAACGUUUUCAUACAGAAGGUGGUGUGUGUAUGGAAUGAGCUGCCAGAGGAAGUGGUGGAGGCUGGUACAAUUGCAACAUUUAAGAGGCAUUUGGAUGGGUAUAUGAAUAGGAAGGGUUUGGAGGGAUAUGGGCCGGGUGCUGGCAGGUGGGACUUGUUUGGGUUGGGAUAUUUGGUCGGUAUGGACGGGUUAGACCGAAGGGUCUGUUUCCGUGCUGUACGUCUCUUGACAAAGCCUUGUCUGAGGGUGAAAUGUUGUCAUUCCCGUUGAUGCGGGUGGUCCCCUGUCUGUUGUCCUUUUUGUUUCCUUUCUCAGAAAGGACCUCGCGGACAUGGGCAGCGUUCCCGAGCCCCGCUCCGGAACGGGCUGUUCCGUCCUCUUCCAGCCCCCGGGGGAAGGGGCAGCUUGAGUGCAGUUGGAGAGUGGGCCGUUCACCGGGAGGGUGCCAAUGGGACGGGAGAGCGGUACCGGUAAUGGGGCGAGGGGGAGAUGCCUCAGACCGCCAGACACUGGGGCAGCUGCUCACGUGCUCCUUUUGGAUCUCACAGCACAGGGAGGCCAUUCAUCUGAUUACCUCUCUGCCUCUGCGUCUGUCUGUCUCUCUGAGGUGACAGCGGAUUCCAGCAUAUUGCUGCUUGCUGGGUAAACCUGUUUUUCCUCUGUUUUCCCCCUCUCUCUCCUGCUCAAACCCCUGAACUUCAGGCCGCCCCUGACCUUGUCACUAUCAGUGAAUAGGGAACAGCUUUUCUUCCUCCACCUUAUCUGAACCUAUCACAAUCUUCCCCACUUUCACCAGUUGUAUCUGUGUGUGACCCUCUCUUUCUGUGUCUCUUUCUCUCCUAAGCCCCCUCCCUCACCACAUCCCAUUUACCCACCCCCUCCUGUCAUGCUCCCACUUUCAAACGGUCUCGUUGUGUUUUCACUGCCUCUUCCCCAUCGUUUCCGUCAAGCACCUCAUCUCACGCUUAGAACCCAUGCAGUGUAGGAGCAGGCCCUUCAGCCCAUCCAAUUCACACCAACCCUCCCUCACCCAGACCUCUGCCCAUAACCCUGCAAUUCCCAUUGGCUAACCCACCUAGCCUACACAUCCCUGGGCACUAUGGGUAAUUUAGCACAGCCAAUGCACCCUAACCUGCACAGCCCUAGGCACUAUGGGUAAUUUAGCAUGGCCAAUGCCCCCUAACCUGCACAUCCCCAAACACUAUGUAAUUUAGCACGGCCACUCCACCCAAACCUGCACAUCCCUGGAUACUAUAGGACAAUUUAGCCUGGCCAAUCCUACACUAAGGGUGGAUUGGCCAUGCUAAAUUACGCAUAGUACCCAGGGAUGUGUAGGUUAGGGUCGAUUGGCCAUGCUAAAUUACCCAAUCCUACACAUCCCUGGGUACUGUUAGGAUAAAAUAGGUCAAGGGAGGGUGGAGCUAUAGCUGCUGUUUGGGGAAUCGAAACUGUUGCUUACGUGGCCAGCUCAGCUGCCAACGCCCAAAUGAGCCCAACAGGAAACACCUCGCAAACGCGAAAUGUCCUAAUAAGGCAAUGCUUAGUAGCUCCGCGAAGCUCUGCUUAGCAAAGAGUAUAUCAGGAGCAGAUUUGGGAGGGGAAGGCAGAACGCGCCUUCUCCAGUGAAUGCAUGGUGAUUCACUGUAUCAGCUACGAUUCUGCACUAAAGCCUGCUUGUGCCAAACAA